GGCUGUACUGGACUAUUUUCAAUUCAAAACACCCGGUCUAGGUUUGGGUGCAGGCAGGGCUUGCUUUUCUUUGGCGAUCGGUCUGGAACAUUUUACAGUGACAAUGAAGAUCUCUGUUCUGCUUCUACUGCUGAGUGCCACCUGCCGGGCUGAGCCUGAACUGCAGGCAGCCCACACAUCCCAGCAGAGCCCAGCAGGCUGCAUGAACAACAUCACCAUCAUGUCACCUCCAGGGGUGCAGGGGCCACCUGGGCCUCCAGGACCCUUGGGUGAGCCAGGACGACCAGGUAACCCAGGCCCGCCAGGCAAGCUUGGCCCGCAAGGUCCUCCCGGGACGCCCGGCUCCUCCGCAAACCCUCCCGUUCACGUAGCGUUCACCGCCGUCCGAAUUGCCAGCCUCGGCCCAGCCGAUGAGGUCCUCACCAUUACCUUCCAGGUAGUCCACACAAAUGUUGGUGACCACUUUGACAAAAACACGGGGCAUUUCACCUCCCCAGUGAGGGGUGUUUACCACUUCAGCUUUAACUUCCUAGCCAUGUCGUCUGACUACAACCUGUUUGUUAUCCUCAAGCAUAAUGGUCGUAAGAUAACGUCUACAUAUGAAAGUGGGGGGAGGAGUGCGGGAGGGAGUGCUGUGCUACUGUUAGAAGAGGGGGACAAGGUUUGGCUGGACCUGGGGAAGAAAUACGCCAUCUACGACAAUGCCAACAUGUACAGCUCUUUCUCUGGCUUCCUCCUCUUCACUUUGGAGGAUGAUGUUGAAGAAAAGGAAUCAUAAGGACCACGAGCAAGGAGGACUUAGUGAAAGUGGAAAAUCUAAUGAAGAAAAAAAUUUCUUGAGACAAUCAUACCGGAAAAAUACAAGUUGGCAAAAAAUGAUCACAAAUAUAAGGGAAAGAAUACUUGAGCAAAUUGUAUGAUUUUAAAGAUGAGGUAGUGCAACGAGUAGAUCGGCUUAGACUUAAAACUGAGCUCUUAUGAUGUAACACAUAUGUAACGUUACUAUGUUUGAAAGUUGGAAGAUGACAUGUACAAUAUUGCUGGGUAUUGGUGAGCUGAUGUUCCUAGUAAUAAGAAUUUUUUACAUUAAGAAGUAUGUAUGCAGAAGACUUUGAUUCCAGCCCCACAAUCAAUUAGAAAUAGGGAUUAUACUCAGACUAACACUAAUGA